AUGUCUACUGUUCCAGAAAGUUUUAAAGCUCAAAUAAAUCAAGGUGUCCCAGGCCCAGUUAAGGCUAGGCCUGAUCCUUUGCCAGCAGGUAAGAAAAUAGCUCCUAACAAGAAAGCACCUUGUUCUUUUGACACUUCUUUUGAUGCAGCAGCUACUAAGGCUACUGUUAAUGGGCGUCAAAACGAAGUAGCAACUGCAUUUGGAGAAAUAGAGCAAGCACUUUCCAAAGGUGAGUAUUCCGAAGCCAUCAGAUCGCUUUGGUACCUUAAACUAUCAACUUUUUACAAUGAAGAUUCUGCAAAUGUUUGGGCCUAUAUUGCUUUUGCCUUUGCUCAUUUAGGCUUUUCUGAACAUGUUGGAUUUUCACUCAAGAAAUUGAAAGAAGCUGGUUUGGACCAGACAGUUUUAAAGCAAGACGUUAUGGUUGAAUUAAAGAAGAUCAGUAAAUAG